CAAGCAGCCGGUGAUGGCGGCAGCAGCGGCGGUGGCUGCGGCGGGUCCGGGCCCAUGAGGCGACGACGGAGGCGGGACGGCUUUUACCCAGCGCCGGACUUCCGAGACAGGGAAGCUGAGGACAUGGCAGGAGUGUUUGACAUAGACCUGGACCAGCCAGAGGACGCGGGCUCUGAGGAUGAGCUGGAGGAGGGGGGUCAGUUAAAUGAAAGCAUGGACCAUGGGGGAGUUGGACCAUAUGAACUUGGCAUGGAACAUUGUGAGAAAUUUGAAAUUUCGGAAACUAGUGUGAACAGAGGGCCAGAAAAAAUCAGACCAGAAUGUUUUGAGCUACUUCGGGUACUUGGAAAAGGGGGCUAUGGAAAGGUUUUUCAAGUACGAAAAGUAACAGGAGCAAAUACUGGGAAAAUAUUUGCCAUGAAGGUGCUUAAAAAGGCAAUGAUAGUAAGAAAUGCUAAAGAUACAGCUCAUACAAAAGCAGAACGGAAUAUUCUGGAGGAAGUAAAGCAUCCCUUCAUUGUGGAUUUAAUUUAUGCCUUUCAGACCGGUGGAAAACUCUACCUCAUCCUUGAGUAUCUCAGCGGAGGAGAAUUAUUUAUGCAGUUAGAAAGAGAGGGAAUAUUUAUGGAAGACACAGCCUGCUUUUACUUGGCAGAAAUCUCCAUGGCUUUGGGGCAUUUACAUCAAAAGGGGAUCAUCUACAGAGACCUGAAGCCGGAGAAUAUCAUGCUUAAUCACCAAGGUCAUGUGAAACUAACAGACUUUGGACUAUGCAAAGAAUCUAUUCAUGAUGGAACAGUCACACACACAUUUUGUGGAACAAUAGAAUACAUGGCCCCUGAAAUCUUGAUGAGAAGUGGCCACAAUCGUGCUGUGGAUUGGUGGAGUUUGGGAGCAUUAAUGUAUGACAUGCUGACUGGAGCACCCCCGUUCACUGGGGAGAAUAGAAAGAAAACAAUUGACAAAAUCCUCAAAUGUAAACUCAAUUUGCCUCCCUACCUCACACAAGAAGCCAGAGAUCUGCUUAAAAAGCUGCUGAAAAGAAAUGCUGCUUCUCGGCUUGGAGCUGGCCCUGGGGAUGCUGGAGAAGUUCAAGCUCAUCCAUUCUUCAGGCAUAUUAACUGGGAAGAACUGCUAGCUCGGAAGGUGGAGCCCCCCUUUAAACCUCUGUUGCAAUCUGAAGAGGAUGUGAGUCAGUUUGAUUCAAAGUUUACACGUCAGACACCUGUUGACAGCCCAGAUGACUCAACUCUCAGUGAAAGUGCCAACCAGGUCUUUCUGGGUUUUACAUAUGUGGCUCCAUCUGUACUUGAAAGUGUGAAAGAAAAAUUUUCCUUUGAACCAAAAAUCCGAUCACCUCGAAGAUUUAUUGGCAGCCCACGAACACCUGUCAGCCCAGUCAAAUUUUCUCCUGGGGAUUUCUGGGGAAGAGGUGCUUCAGCCAGCACGGCAAAUCCUCAGACACCUGUGGAAUAUCCAAUGGAAACAAGUGGAGUAGAGCAGAUGGAUGUGACGAUGAGUGGGGAAGCUUCAGCACCACUUCCAAUACGACAGCCGAACUCCGGGCCAUACAAAAAACAAGCUUUUCCCAUGAUCUCCAAACGACCAGAGCACCUACGUAUGAAUCUAUGACAGAGCAAAGAUUUUAAUGAAUUUAAGGCAAAAAAGGUGGGGAAGGGAUGUGUGAGCAUCCUGUAAGGUGAAACAAGAAGACUCAAAAUGACAGUCUUGAAGAGUCAGUGUCAUUACAUUUGAACACUUUGGACAGAGGAAAAAUAAACAUGGAUUUUAAAAAAUCAAUCAAUGGUGCAAAAAAAAAAAAACAAAAUAGUAUUGUGGAACUCUUAGGCACAUCAAUUAAUUGAUUCCUAGCGACAUCUUCUCAACCUUAUCAAGGAUUUUCAUGGCUCGAACUGACAGUAUUAAGGGUAGGAUGUUGCUUCUGAAUCACUGUUGAGUUCUGAUUGUGUCGAAGAAGGGUUAUCCUUUCAUUAGGCAAAGUAUGAAAUUGCCUGUAAUACUUGCAACUAAGGACAAAUUAGCAUGCAAGCUUGUUCAAACUUUUUCCAGCAACAUGGAAUCAAAGACAAAAGAAACUUAACAAUUGAUGUUUUACGUGCAAACAACCUGAAUCUUUUUUUUAUAUAAAUAUAUAUUUUUCAAAUAGAUUUUUGAUUCAGCUCAUUAUGGAAAACAUCCCAACUUUAAAAUGCAAAAUUAUUGGUUGGUGUGAAGAAAGCCAGACAACUUCUGUUUCUUCUCUUGGUGAAAUAAUAAAAAUGCAAAUGAAUCAUUGUUAACCACAGCUGUGGCUCGUUUGAGGGAUUGGGGUGGACUUGGGGUUUAUUUUCAGUAACCCAGCUGCAAUACCUGUCUGUAAUACUAGAAAAAAAAAUCUAUUUAAUCAUU